AUGGCUGCCCGGCCAGGGGAAGACAACGUGGCCACGCUCUUCGGGGACAUCCACUACUUCUAUGGCCCGCCAACCGACAAGCCGCAGCAUCACAGGUUUGACAAGGGCUCGUACAUCUACCUCUUUGAGGAUGCGAACCAGGCGCGCGCCCGCCUCGAGGUCGCCAACCAGCCGGGCACCGACGACCAGGACGCCUUUGACGGCUACCUCGACAAAACCCAGCUCGAGUACUCGUACAAGAAGUCGUGCGUCGUGACCCUGACGGUGGGCGACGUCGACGGUCACGAGGAGUGGCAUCUCCCGACCUACGACCCCCACAACCAGAACAAGUACCACUACAAGCUGCACUCGCUCGACAUCUACUUCUGGACCCAGCAGGACGCUUUGGAGUUUGUCAAUGGCAUCCGGCGCGUGCUCCCCCCGGCCCAAUGCGAAGUCCUCGACGAGCCCGGCCCGCCGCCGCGCCACCUGGCCGAUGUCAGCUCCGUAGUGCAGCAGCUUGAGCGGGCCGCCAUCGCGGACUCGGACUCGUCCGUUGCCACCCCGCCGUCUACCAUCUCUUACAGCACGCCGAGCGUCAGCGGUGCUCCCUCUGCUGGCCCGCCGCUCUCUGCAUUCUCCGGCGCCGGGGACCUCACUCCUCCCCCGCCCCCGCCCCAGUUCGCUCCCAUUGCCUACAACCCGGCCGCACCCCCUGCGCCCGAGCAGGUCCGGCACCGCGAGAAGACGCCUCCUCCCGAUGACGAUGUGGCGAACCCCCUGCACAUGACCAUGGCCUACGACGCCCAGACGCCCUUCUCCCCUGGGCUUGUGCCCAGCGGCCGCGGUCCCCUCAGCCCCGGCAUCCCGCCGCCCAACAUCCAAAACCCGCCCGGAGCGCCCUCAUUCCCCGCCCCGCCCCAGCACAGCGUCACGUCUCCCGGCUUCGCGCCCCAGGGAUUCGGCGCCCUCGGCGGACACCCCCUCGGCCUGUCCCAGCAUCCAAACGUCCACCCCAUGCUGUCGCGCUCCGCCACCAUGCCCGUGCAGAGCACGACCCCGGCGGUCCCUUUCAUGAUUUCCGGGGGGUACACGCCCGGUUCGCCGCCGCCGAGCAUCCCCGGCGGCUACACGCCGGGCUCUCCGCCUCCGAGAAUCGCUGGCGGUGCGGCGGCGGCGGCGGCUCCCGCGCCCCAGGCGUACAACCCCGCUGCUCCUGCCGCGAGCGAGUACUCGGUCCAUCAGCAGUUCUACAUCCCCGAGAGUCAGUACAAGCCUAAGGUGGAGACUAGGGGCAAGCUGGAGGAGGGCGCUGGCAAAGUCGAGCGCGGCGUGACCGGCAUGCUCAAGAGGUUUGAGAAGAAGUUUGGCUGA